AUGAAGGGCCCUCGGAACCUGAUCAGAUACGCUUCUGUGCUCGCAACGGGGAUCCCCCUCGCCUGGAGCCAACGAUGCCUCGACAACCCCGAAAACAACAUUGGUGCCUCUGUCCACACUAGCAGUGGCUUGAUUGAGGGCCAUGCCGCACCCCGCAGAGCUGAAGUCUCUGAGUAUUUAGGUAUCCCCUAUGCCUCGCCACCAAUCGGAGACCUUCGGUUCGCGGCUCCUGUGGCUUAUCAUUCCAAGGAACGCGUUCAUGCAAAUGCAUAUAGUCCUGAUUGCCCUGCAAAUCCAGGGUCGGUUCCAGAUUACCCUGGCUUCACUUCUCAAGCCCCAAGAAUCAUCAAAUCAUUCACACAGCAGCUACGCACUUCUCAAAGCGAAGAUUGCUUAUAUCUCAAUGUGUGGACACGACCCACUGUGUCUGAGCUAAAGCCAGUGCUUCUUUGGAUUCAUGGCGGUCGGUUCACGGGCGGCGGCGCAAAUAACCCAUACUAUGAUGGGCAGGCACUAGCAGCUGAUCAUGAUAUCGUUGUUAUUACCAUCAAUUAUCGUCUGAACAUUUUCGGAUUCUCCGGCGCGCCCAAUCUCCCCCAGAACGUUGGACUGCUAGACCAGCGUAUGGCAGUUGAAUGGGCCCAUCAAAACAUUGCUGGAUUUGGUGGUGACCCAGAUCGAAUCACCAUUUUCGGCCAAUCUGCUGGUGGAGCUUCUGUUGACUAUUAUUCUCACGCCUAUAUUGACAAUCCGCUCGUUGCGGGUCUGAUCUCCCAUUCCGGAACAUCACUUAGCUUUGAGCCCAACACCGCUGAGCAGUCUGCUGGGUACUUCUUCACGGCUUCCAAGAUUCUUGGCUGUGGUGAUAGCCGUGACAAUCAUGAGCAAGUCGUCAAAUGCGUCCGUCAGAAGUCAUAUCGAGAAGUUGUCAAGGCCAGCGCCAAGGUCCCUGCUGCACCGUCGCCGGCUAUUCCACAAGCCGUCUUCCACCCGACUGUCGAUGGGAUCACCGUAUUCGAUGACUACGCAAAGCGAUCCUCAUCAGGCAAUUUUGCACAUUUGCCAUACCUUAUCACAAGCAAUGACUACGAGCCGGGUUAUUAUCGUGUGAGCGCAUACAGUGCAAACAUUUCACUUAGCGACGAAGCCUGGAACAACUACAACGACGCAGCAUUCACCUGUCCGAGCGGUGCGUCUGCAAGAUACCGAUUUGCCAAUGAUGUUCCCGUGUGGCAAUCGCACUAUUUUGGCGACUGGGAGAAUCUGCGGCUGUAUCCCACCAGCGGAAGUUACCAUGGAGCUGAUCUCCCGAUGGUGUUUGGGACUUCCGAACAGGUCAGUGGAAUACCAAAUAGCGAUAGGGAGAACGAAUUCUCCAGGUUUAUAAGUUCUGCUUGGGUUGCAUUUGCAACCGAUCCCAAUCACGGCUUGACUAAGUUUGGUUGGCCUCGAUACAACCCCGAGGAGAAGACACUUGUUGCCUUGGCCUAUAUGAAGGACGAAAACUUUCGGACCAUUCAAAGUUCAGAAGUCGAGCAGCGUUGCGCUGCUUUCAAGGGAAACAGCACCCUUGGAAAGGGAGCCUUUUGA